AUGUCCGUCGACGAAGUCUUCGCCCGCGUCGCGAACGCCUGGAACGAGGUCACGUCGAGCGUCGACGCGGCCUGGGACGCGGCCUGGCGAUCGCGUAACCGCGCGAACGCCGAAGAAUCGCGAAAGAAGACGGCUCUGGCGACCGGAAUCGUCACCGAACGCGACGCGCGGCACGCGCGCGUGCCGCCGUACGUCUUCGAACGCGACGUCGGCGCGCGCGUGCGCGUGCUCGACUUGGCGUCGAACGCCAUCGUCGACGUCGACGACGCGAUCGGAAGCUUGCGAAACGCGCAAAAGGUGAACCUGAGCUUCAACGCGGUGAGAGCGCUGCCGCGCGCCUUUUCGACGCUCGUCAACUUGAAGACGCUGGACUUGCGAGGGAAUAAAUUGACGGCGCUGCCGGAAGACAUCGAUUCGUUGCUCGCGCUCGAAGAUUUGGACGUGCGCGAGAACGCGCUGCGAGCGCUGCCGCGGACGCUCGGGAAAUGCAAAAGGCUUCGACGGUUGGACGCGAGCGCGAACGCGCUGACGACGUUCGACGACGCGAUCGCCGGACUCGGGAAUUGCGCUGAUUUAGAGGUCAUUCGUUUCGCGCGUAAUCGUGAAAUGCGUGGCGCGUUGCCGGUGGCGUGGGCGCACGCGGUCAAGCUGAAGGAAAUAGAUGUGGACGACACGAAGUGCGACGGCGUGCCGGGAGAAAUUUUGCUCGCGUGCGAUCGGUUGACGACGCUGAGCCUGAGACGAACUCUCGUGGACGUCGGCACUUUGAAGCGAACGGAUGGAUUUGAAUCGUACGAAAGUCGACGACAGGGCAAGCAUAACAAGCAGCUCGAUUCCAGAGUGCUUUUAGACGAUUCGCGCCUCGAUGAGCGACUUCGUUGAACAAGAGGCGAGAGUGUGAUGACAUGGCGGAUCUAUCGUUCUAUUUUUCUGCGGCGUUUUUUUGUAGUGUGUUGUAGUGCGUAGCGUAGCGUAGCGAGUAAAAAGAGUCGCUCGUCUAUUCGGAAGCGGCAACAGUUUCGCCCUCGGCCGCGACUUCAUCGCUGUCUUCUUCGUCGUCUUCGACAUGCUCGCCAGGCAUGCCGUACACCGUCGCUCCGUUGGCGUACAUCGGGUAGCCCGCGAACUGCAUGUGGUGCAUCGCCAUCAUAGCCAUGUGAGGAUUUUGCCCCCCCAUGGCCAUGUGCGGCGGCAUGACCAUGUGCGGUGGGUACAUGGACAUCUGCGGCGGGUAAAAUGGCCCUUGAGAUCCGUAACCCAUCGCGCGCUUGGUGCCGUACUGCGCGCCCGGCGCGAAGCCUCGUCCGUCGUCGUGGCGCCCCACGUGACGCAUCGCCUCGCUCACGUCGAUCAUCUUCCCGAGGAACGGAAUUUGGCGCUGUGCCUUGACCAUUUCGGCGAUCGCGACGUCGGCGAAGACGACGAAGCCGUACCCCUUGCACGCACCGGUGAGCUUGUCGUAAAUCAGCUUUACGCUGAGCACGGUGCCGUAGUGCGCGAAGAACCACCCGAGCGCCUCGGGCGUGGCUUCCAGCGGAAGCCCCCCGCAAAAGACG